AUGAAGAAAGUUCACAAGGAGAUCUCCCAGGUUAGCAAUGGACAGGAGGACCAGAUUGCGAAGGUCAGCCUGAUGCAGCGAAAGUAUCUGGAGUUGUUUCAGGACAUGCGCAAACAGGAGAGGGACCACGCCAAGCUGAAGAAGAAACAUGAGCUCCUGCAGCGGGAGCGGGAUCUCCUGGCCCGAGAGAAGGAUCGGAUCCAGCAGACCAAUGAUACCAUGAUAGCUGAACAUGGGCGUCUUCUAGAGGAGCGCCAUGCAGACAAAGUCAUGAUCAGCAAAUCGGAUAAUUUGUGCCGCAAGUUGGAGGGUCUGUGUCGACAGAUCCACAGGGAGAACAAAGAGAUCAAGUGGGGCCGGCAUUCGGAUCGGAAGACAGGAUCAACUAUGAGACAAGAAGCAUCUGAGGUGGUCGACACGCAAAGACCCUUAGUCGGGAACGAGACUUUGUUGCGCGAGAAGCUACGAGGAUUCAUGGAGCAGUAUGACCUGAGGGAGAAGCACUUCAACUCUGUCGUCAAAGCCAAGGACUUGGAGCUUCAAUUAGCACAGGCCAAGUUGGAUCGACAAAACCGCGCAUCGCAGGAAGGCGCAGUGAAGUUAGAUCUACUCAAGUCUCAGCUGCAAGAAUCCACAAAGACCGAGGCCGAGCUCAGGAGGCAAUUGGGUGUUUAUGUGGAGAAGUUCAAGCAGGUCGAGGAGACACUCAACAAGAGCAACACGCUGUUCCAGACGUUCCGCAAGGAGAUGGAGGCUAUGGCGAAGAAGGGCAGCAGACUGGAGAAGGUCAACGUAACCAUUCGUGCGAAAUGCGAUACCAUGAACCGGAACAUCUUGGAGAUGGUUGAAGAGAGAGCGAAGCAACAGAGUGCAUUCGACCAUGCCAACAAGAAGCUACUUCAGCUAGAAGCCCUUUGUCGAGCGUUUCAAGCCGAGCGAGCAGUUCUUCGCGAGGAAUUGCUUGCGAAGCAAUGCACACAACACAUGACGACAGGAGAUGUGACCUCACAGAAUGGAUCCAUCAAAACGGCUGAGGAUCAAGUGGAUAUUGGCGCCAGUGACGCAUCGGCACCAAUAACAGUCGUGGACGCAACUAGCCCUGCCUUUCCGACUACAGGAACGACUAUUUCUUUCUCGGCCGCGGUGUUCAAGCAGGGUAUGACGGGGGCAAGACGGAUGUCGACCCCAUCUUCCAAAUUCCGACAAAAGCCGAAGCGCCAACGUCCUCAAAUGUGCAUCCAGCGCGGCGACCAGCAUUCUGCUCUGACUUUGACGAUUGAAGGUUUGGUCCUGGUUGGAGAGGGGGGUGUUAUUGAUGAGCCUUACACCAAUCUGGAGAAUGGUUUCCAUUGCGAAGGUAUUGUGGCGCCGUCGACAUCGAUGAGCAAGAAUGGUGCGGAGCAAAUUUUUGCUGAAUCUUUGGACAUGAAGAAGCUGAACGAGAGCGUAAAGAAAACGAGCGAGGUCAUUGGCUUGGCAAGCAAGGAGACUGUUAUACCCACGACGAGCGUUUCGGGGCAGCCAGGAAACAAGUUGGAUGGCGCAAAGUCAUUGGAUCGGACGAUAAGGCCAAAUUCAACCGCAGGAACGAACGGCGUCAGAAGAGUAUUAGCGGGAGGAGGAGGAGGAGGAGGAGGAGGAGGAGGAGGAGGAGGAGGAGGAGGAGGAGGAAUAGCCAAGGCAGAGUCGGUCAAGGCAAAUGCUGAUGCAAUGCGGACGCGGGAGCAGGCAUGUAAAUAUACCCAUUGGAAUUGCAACCCCAAAAACGUCUUCCCUGCACUCUCUACAGGCACCGGCCAUUCCCCUUCCAAGAAGUGGCCUAUCCCGAUGGAGACGUCAACUUCCUUGGGCGCCAUCUCUCGUUUGGCCCAGGCUCAGGGAGGGUACCAGGCCGUACGACCUACAGGACUUUACCUCAGCGCGAUCACGAUCAAAUAG